AUGUCAUCAUUCGAACCAGUUGUUGUUAUUGAUGGUAAAGGCCACUUAUUGGGUCGUUUAGCCUCCAUCAUCUCCAAGCAAAUCCUUAACGGACAAAAGAUUGUUGUUGUCAGAUGUGAGGAAUUGAACAUUUCUGGUGAAUUUUUCAGAAACAAGUUGAAGUACCACGACUACUUGAGAAAGUCUACUAGAUACAACAAGACCAAAGGUCCAUUCCACUUCAGGGCCCCAUCUAGAAUCUUGUACAAGGCUAUCAGAGGUAUGAUUCCUCACAAGACUGCUAGAGGUAAGGCUGCUUUGGAAAGAUUGAAGGUUUUCGAAGGUGUUCCACCACCAUACGACAAGAAGAAGAGAGUUGUUGUUCCACAAGCUUUGAGAGUAUUGAGAUUGAAGCCAGGUAGAAAAUACACCACUGUUGGUAAAUUGUCAACUUCAGUUGGUUGGAAAUACGAAUCAGUUGUUGAAAAAUUGGAAGAAAAGAGAAAAUUGCAAUCAGCUGAAUACUACGCCAAGAAGAAGGCUUUGACUAAGAAGUUGAAUGCUGCUCAAGCUUCAACUGCUGAAUCUGAAGCUGCUAAGAAAUUGUCUGCUUUGGGUUACUAA